AUUGAUUUUUCUAAAAUCAUGUACUGCUUCCAUCGAUGGAUGAAAUGCUAAUGGUGGCCAUUAAUUAGUAUUAAUACGUAUAUUUUGCAAUAUGUUGAACUCAGACACAUAUAAAUUGAGGGAGAGGUAUUACAUGGAAGAAGAUGAUUCGUAAGGGAAAUCCACGAAAGAAUUGCAAGAAAAGGAAACAAUUCUUUCAAGGUAUAGUAAUGGGCACCCAUUCUACAGAAUCUCUCAACUGUGACCUUGUAGAAGUCUCCAAGUUACACCACCAAUUAGUCUGGGUCUAUAUUCUUUCUCAUACAGAUAAUGCUUCUCAAGACAACUCAAUGACAAGAAGUUAUUUCAGAUGUUCUAAAAGCUUAGUGAAGAAGAAGGGUCUACGAAGAGUGAUGAAGCAUUAUGCAGCCAUGGCAUUUCUAAUGAAAACAAGCUCAGAUGAUUCUUUCAGGAAACGGCUUUCACUGGAUAUAUGUGGCGCUGGCCGAUUACCAGAAGUCAUCAUUCUUCAAGCUGUUCAUGAGGGGAAGAUUGUCUUGAAAAGGAGUUUGAUUCGCCAUAUAGGAGGCUUCAAAUUGAAUUCAGGGCCUAAAUUUUAUCCUGAUGAAAAAUACAAUAGUUCAAAACAAGCUGAGGCGCCUAGCUUUUGUAAACCUGAGUUCUCUGUAAGCUCUGAAGAUGUUUCAAGGGAUGACGAGGGUAGCUUGAAAGAUAAAGAUGGAUACAUGGAGAAAGUUCCUUUGAAGUCCAUUUCUGUAAUCAGAAGAGAGCUGCCAGAAACAUCAACCCUCGGUUGGCCACUCCUUCGAAGAAACACUCUUGGUCCUGCAGCUUUAAGAAGAUCAAAAGCAAGAAGCAUGUCCCUGAUGGAAUGGCUCAUGAAUCUACCUAGGCGAUGCUCGGACACGACAAUGCAAAACCAAAUUGAUUUAGAUUCUGAUGAAGCUAACAUGUUCUUCAAUGACAAAAUGGAAGACUCCAUGAGAAAAGAAUCUAUUGUGGAAGGAUCAGAUGAUGGAAGCAUCAAUAGAGAAGAUGAGGAGUACAACCACAUUCAAGAAUUCUCUUCAGGUUCAGUUUCUGAAUUUGCAGAAGAAUCGACACAGUUGACACUUGGCUGGCCUCUCCUCCACAUAAAGACUUUUGCAACGGUAGAUUCUCCAGGGGAGCCUGAACCUAGCAAUGAGCUUGUAGCUACAUGUAUCAUGAGCGAACCCACUCAAUCAAUGCAAGACACUCCUGAAUCCGAAAUUAAUUCGUCUUUCAAAAGAGUAGAAAGUUCAACUGAAAAAGAUUUCUGUUACUGGGAAGCACCAGGAGAGCAGACAAAGAAGGCGAAGCUGGUCCAGAAAUUCAAGUCAUCUGGCUGCAAGCAGUUCAGCUUUGAGGAGCUUGAGAAAGCAACUCGGAGCUUUUCCUCAGAAAACUUGAUCGGAGAGGGAGGAUGUAGCUAUGUGUACAAAGGAUCCCUUCGUUGGGGCAAGCUAGUGGCAGUCAAGGUUCUAAAACAUUACAAAGAAGCUUGGAGUGACUUCUCCUUAGAAGUAGACAUCGUCUCUUCCUUAAAGCACAAACAUAUUACACAUCUGAUUGGUGUCUGCAUAGAAGAUUACCAUUUAAUUUUGGUUUAUAAUUUCUUGUCCAAAGGAAGCUUAGAGGAAAGCUUACAAGGUCAUACUGAGAAAUCUAUUUUGCCAUGGAAAAUGAGAUUCAAAGUGGCAAUCGCAGUAGCUGAGGCUCUAGAUUACCUACACAACGAAUGUUCUCGCCCUGUUAUUCACAGAGAUGUGAAGUCCUCUAACAUUCUACUCUCUAGUGAAUUUCAACCACAGUUAUCUGAUUUUGGGCUUGCUGCAUGGGGACCUAAAGAUUCAGCCUACAUGAUAAGCAACGAUGUCGUAGGAACAUUUGGAUACAUCGCUCCAGAAUAUUUCAUGAAUGGGAGGGUUAGUGACAAAACAGAUAUAUACUCCUUUGGUAUAGUUUUGCUUGAGCUGUUGACCGGAAAGAAGCCAAUCAGUUGCAAAGGUCUAAAAGGACAUGAAAGCCUGGUCAAGUGGGCCACACCAUUAUUAGAGAGUGGGAAUUUAGAUGCGUUAGUGGAUCCAAUGUUAAGCGAGGAGUACGAUGUCACUCAAAUGCAUAAAAUGGUUCUAGCAGCAAAUCUCUGCAUCAAGCAGUCUCCCAGAUUACGUCCAAAAGCAAACCAGAUUCUAAAGCUGUUAAGAGAAGAUAAAGAUGUAGGAGAAUGGAAGAGUACCUAUGAUAAUGAUCAAAUAGAGUCGACUAAUGAGGAAGUCGGUCACUUAUCUGCCAAACUUGAUCAUAAGUCAUGCUCAGAUUCUUCAUCUCUGGUUUUGGAUGAUGAUGCUGCAUCCCUAAUUAGUACUGAUAUGACAUCACUAAGCAGCGUAGGAUAUAGGCAGCAUUUAAAGUUGAAGGACUACUUACAAGAACUGCUGGAUUAAUCAUCAAUAUGUUUUUUGUUAAAUGUUGCUGCAUUUCUUUCUUGCUUACAGAAACAUCGGCAUUUGAAACGCAAGACGGAAGCUUUAUCCAUCAGAGCUUGAGACCCACUUGAACAAGAAUGAUCUUUGUUGUAUAUAGCCAUCACGAGCUAAGAACUACGCACAGAAACUUGGGAAAUAUGUAUAGUUGAACCCUGCUCCACCUUUUCACAGGGGCAGUGGGAAGCUGUGUGAUAAAGUUCUCAACUCAAUUUAAUAAUACAAGUGCAUGAGUGAUUAUUUUCAUACUUCAA